AUGCGGUUCUCUCCUGAUAUCACCGGUGUGAACGAUGCGAAAUUGCUGUUGGCCAUUUCUGAUGUCCAGAUGCGGUUCUCUCCGGAUAUCACCGGUGUGAACGACGCGAAAUUGCUGGCCAUUUCUGAUGUCCAGAUGCGGUUCUCUCCGGAUAUCACCGAGUUUCAAGCGUUUGAAACGCUCAAAUUUCAAAGCCCUAUGAAGGAUCAGAUGGAACAGCGAAACACGCUAAAGUUUGUCAUCAGCAGGCCGGGUUCUAUGGCUGGCCUCCUUGCCGUCAUCAAAAUUGAAAUAUACCCGGGCAUGUUUUUCGGGACAUUCCGGAAUGGAGAGACGGAUUCGUGGUAUACAUCACUGGUGCUGCUGCCGGAGGAGGUGAAUGUGGAGCCCGGAGAUACCAUUAGCAUUGAGACUUGUGCAGAUUUGCGUAACUAUUCCAAAGUACGCAGCGCCAAGCAGCCUCAGAAACCGGGUUCGAGGACAGAGUCAGGCUCCGUUCUCGUCUCCAAGCCCACGUACUCAUUCACCGUCUCUGUCUACAAGCCUUCUUUCAGCUUCCGCAGACCCUUCAAAACCUUUCCGCCCAUUGUCGUCCCCUUCGAGGAGCAGGCGCCCGUUCUUUGUGGCGCUACACGCAGGUACGCGGACAAACGUUAG